AUGCAGCUAUCAAUCCUCAUUGGCACCUCAUCUGUGGUCACUGCCCUGGCCUCCCUUCCCCCAAUCAACCUGGGAUACUUCAGCUACCCGCAUACAACGAAGGUUUGCGACGCACAAGGCGGGUUCAAGGGCUCCGCGACGUGGAGCUCUAUCCGGACGGACAGCACCUAUGUCUGUGAGCCUAUCUGCCGCAACCCCUUCAACGUUACCGAUGUUGUGACCAACACUACCUACUACGACCUUGAGCUGGCGUGCGUGGACGACAACAUUGAUCUUGCCGCCCGCCCAGAGGUUACCGCUAUGUUUGAUAGGGUUACCAAUAAGGAGAUUGAGACCUGCGUCCCCGUGCUGAAGGAUGGCGCAUCUUGGUACGAAACCUGCGGAGAUUCCCGCUCGGGGCUCGAGUACUCCUUUGCAUGCUCUGCAUAA